GCGAUUCGUAUGCAGCUUCAGUUGGAUACCUCUCCAACACAGGAGACAGUGGAAGAGUACACCAGAACUCUUCUAGCGGAAAUGGAGCUCCUUUCACUGUCAGCACCGGAUGUGGGCAACAAGCGUCAGAGGGUUGCAGCCGUAACCCAAGAUGCUGGAGGUGACAAGGGAAAAGGAAAAAGGAACGGAAAGGGUGAGGCCGAUGCUGGGUGUGUGGUGGUCAACACCAGAAGCAUGAAUGCAAGGCACCAGGUGCUAAAGGGAAGGAUGAUAAGGGCAAGGCUAAUGGAGGGCAAUAUCUCAGAGGCAGCGAUUCGUGAGGCCGCCCAGACGGCCCACGAAAGCGAGAAGCUGCUGCCAACGAUUCCUGUGAAGCUUGCCUGUGGAAGCUGUGAUCUUCACAUUAACCAGUACUGCACGCUGCUGAGCGAAGUACAGGUUUCGCCAAUCCUCUCGGUGAAGGCACUCUUGCGGCUUGGGUACAAGAUUGACUGGAAUGCCUCCAGAUGCAGGGUAUAUCAUCCUAAGUUUGGGGAAUUGGAAGUUGAUACUAGUACUGGUUGCCCAGAAGUGGAUGAGGAUGUAGCACUGGAGCUUAUAAGUCAGUACGAGCUGUAUGUUGGCCGGCAUGACAAUAGAGUUGCGCGGUUGAGGUGCAUUGUGGAGGAUUUGAGAUCCAAGGGUACACAGGAACUUGUGGGCCUGAUGAGCCAUGGGGACUCCCAGGCAGAUGCCGCCUUGAGUGUCUACGUGAGCAGAAUGUUCCCCGAGGUUUGUCCUGAGACGCUGGAGCAGUGCGUAGUGUCUCUUCAGGACUCUUCUGAAGAGUCCAUGACCUGGAACAGGCGCACCAGGAGGAGCUGUGCCAAGGCCCAGGGUCUUAUGAUUCAUGCCUUCUGUGGACCUUCCAAGAAAGUGUUUGAAGCGGUAGCGCGUAAGUGGGAUGUUGCACAUCUUGCGGUGGAUGGCAAUUGUGGGGACCCCUCCAAACAGGACCUUCUCAUUUGCCAGGAGCGUGCACAAAGGAAUGUGGAUGAUGUGUUGAUUCUUCGGUUUUUGGUGCUCAUUGUUCUUGCGGCUGAAGUGAACAAGAGUUGUGGAGUUCCAGCUCCAGCUGUGCUUGUUGAGAACCCAUGUUCUGAAGUAGAGGUUGGUGCUCCAGAUGUUUUGGGAAACGAGCAUACACAGGUCUCUCUGUGGAACACUCCAGAGUGGCAGGUUGUGGCACAGAGUGCUGGCUUGAGCCUGGCAGGGUUCUUUCAAAGUCCAAUGGGGCAUUGCAAGCGUCGGCCCACUGGCUUGGGUACAAAUGUGGAGCUCGACCCCAUGCUUGUGGAGUGUGGUGUCAGGGCUGAGGUUUUGGAUUAUGUUCCAAUUCGUGACUUUGGAGUGAAGACCGAGCUGUGGACAGAAUGGGCACCAGGUCUUGCUCAGGCCCUGAGUAGUAUGCUUCACAGAAGGUUUGCUGAGAUGAGACGUGAAGUUUCCUUUGGUGGGGAGAUACGGAAGGUGGAUCCAGGCUUUCUGCAUCACUUGCAGCAGAAUCAUAUGCCCUACCGAAACGACUGCGCCACUUGCCUCAAGGGCUCAGCGCGCAGGAAGCAGCAUCGGAGAGUGCUGACACCUCAGUCCUGGUGUUUGUCAAUAGACACAGCUGGCCCUUUUGUCAGGGGACGGGACGAGCAUACUCCAAAGGCUCGAUAUUUGAUAGUGGGUGUACUGUCAGUGCCAGUGUUGGCUGUGGAUGGAAAGGAUGUGGAUGAGCCAUGUGACGCAGACCCAGGUCCGGAGGUGCCAAGUGGAGGUGUGCUUGAGGAUGCUGAGUGGUUGGCUGAUAAGGUUGGUGAUGCUGAAGAGCCCCUGCCAGAGUGUACCGCUAAGGAUGCUGCUGAAGUGCGAAGUGCAUGGAAUGAAUGGGAUCGUCUUGUGAAGUCUAGUCGAGAAGACUGGAUCGAGGAAGCUCAGGCUGAGUGUUUGCCCAAGGUGGAGAUUGUGGACUUUGUGUAUGUCGAAGCUAUCGAGCGUAAAACCCAUGGUGAGAUGUUGACUGCUGUGGGUAGAAUGCACGCAAGAGCCAAGGCAGAAGGCUUCGAUGUUAGAAGGUUGCACUCUGACAGGGGUAGAGAGUACAACAAUAAGUCCCUCCGUGACUGGUGUGCAAGACACUCCAUUCAUAAGACUUUUGCUGUGGCAGAAGAACACCAGGGCAAUGGACGUGCAGAGGGUGCAAUCAUGAGGGUCAAGAACAAAACAAGAGUGAUUUUGGAGGAAUCUGGACCGGACAAGUCUGAGUGGCCUCUGGCGGCAAAGCUUGCAGCCCAUGAGCUUAAGAACGAAGCAAGGCGUCGACUGAAGAUUCAGGUCUCUACUUCGUGUUCAGGUGAUAAGCAGGAGCUGGAAACGUGA